AUGAAGAUUAUUCCAGAAUCUAUUCUAUAAGCAUCUGUUAAGGUCGCUAAUGAAGCACCUUAAGAUUUAAAGGCUAAUCUCAGAAGAGCAUAUGCUCACUUUGAUUAAGAAUUCUUGAAUAAAUGUUAAAAGAAACCAUUAGAAUUCAAGGCAUGUUUAUUUGCUUUAUGCCAUUUCCAUUCCUUAGUCUUGGGUAGAAAGAAGUUUGGUGCUUAGGGAUGGUCUAUAAAUUACAACUUUAAUGAUGGUGACCUAAGAAUAUGUGCUAAUGUCUUGUAUGAUUAUUUUUUGAAAUAUAUUUUUGGUGAAAUUAUCUAUGGUGGAUACAUUACAGAUGAUUUGGACAGAAAAAUAAGUGCCGUUUAUUUAAGAGACUUAAUCAAACCAGAAUUAUUAUAAUAUGGUUUCAAUUUGGGUCCGGGAUUUAAAUCACCAAAUUAUUCAAAAAACUAAUAUGAGUAAUAUAUGGAAUACAUUGAAAAGAAAUUACCAAUCGAAUCCCCAUAAAUGUUUGGUUUACAUCCAAAUGCCGAAAUCAGUGAUUUGACUUAAUAAUGUGAUACUUUAUUUAUUACUAUUAGAAUUUGUAUGGUGGUGAAGGUAACAAUUUUGAUGCUACUUAAAAAUUCAAUGUAAAAAAAGUUCUGCAUAGCAAAUUGGUCACCUAAUUAAAUUGUGUGUACAUAAGAAUGUUAAAGAAUGGACAUUUUAUUAGAUGAAAUCAUAAAAACAAUAUCUAACGCCAAAUUAAAUGGAUGCCUUUAUUCUAUCAUUAUAAUUAAAUAAAGUACCUGUCUGUUGGAUGAAAUAUGCUUAUUUCUCAAAAAAGUGUUUGGCUGCCUGGAUCAACGAUCUAAUUUAAAGAUACAAAUAUUUAAACUUAUGGGCAAAAAAGAAUGUCACCCCAGUUUCAUUGUGUAUUAGUCAAAGACUACCUUUGGAUGCUAUAGAAUUAUAAACUAACAUGACAAUUUUCAAAGAAUGCCUCAGCUAAGAGUGGUGCUUAUAUUCAUGGUUUGUACUUGGAAGGGGCUGCAUGGAAAUUAGGUGGUUUAGAAAUUGAACGAUUUACAUCCAAAAUUACCAGUUGUUAAUGUGAUUGCUGUGACUGAAGAGAAAAGAGAAUAUUGGGUAAUAUUAAUGCAUAGUUUAUGUAAAAUAAAUGAGAGGACCAUCAUUUGUAUUGACUGCAAAUCUUAAUAUGAAAAAUUAAAAUACAGACACAUCCAAAUGGAUUCUCAGUGGUACUUGUCUAUUAAUGAGUGA